AUGGGGGAUUCACAACAAGGAAAUAACAAAGGAAAAGGCAAAGAGAAAGAGAACUAUGAAUCUUGGACCAUGGACGAUACCAAUAAGUUGUUGCACCUCUUGGUGGAUUCUAUCAAUAGUGGAUUGCGUGAUGCUAAUGGGUCACUUAGCAAGCAAAAUGUAGAAAGAGUGAUACUUCCUCGUCUUAAUGAGAAAAUUAAGUUCCCAAAAACUUAUAAUAAUUACUUGAGCCGGAAUGAGUUUAAGAAGCAAUAUAACAAGAUGUCUACGCUUAUGCGUAACAACUCUGGCUUUGGGUGGGACCCAAUUGCAAAGACGUUCACUGCUAGUAGUGAUGAAGUAUGGAAAGAUUACUUGAAGGUACAAUACAACACAAUAGCUUUUCAUUGGGAUGCAAUGUGGCCUCACAUGGGGAUGCAAUAUAAUAAUGUGUAG